AUGAAGCUUUCAAUAGCUUUAUUUCUUUGCCUAUUUUUAACGCCUCAUCUUGUUCAUUCAACUAAUAGCGAUGAAGAAAAGGAUGAACAAAAUUAUUUCAAUCCUUUUCAAUAUCGAGAUGUUGAGACAAGCGGGACAGGAACUAGUGGCCAUGGAGGAACUGGAACUGGAAGCAUUCCCACAAGUACUGGAGGAUACUCUCAAGGAAUGUAUUCUGGCACAGAACAUUCUCAAAAUUUGUUUGAUUUGAAUCGAGGUUUUGGCAAUAAUCCGUAUUUAAACUCAACUCAACACCUACAAGCGAAUCCGUCUGGUCAAAUACCUCGAAAUUUGUGGGAUUUACAAUUAGGAUAUGGCAAUUAUCCAUAUCAACAUCAGCAUAUUAAUCCUUCUGGUCAAGAUACUUCUCAAAAUCGGUUAAAUUUGGAUUUAACACUUGGCAGUAAUCAGUCUUUAUACCCAACUCAACAUCAACAUAUGAGCGCAGAAUACCCUAAAGGAGCGAAUCCUGCUGGACAUGAAUCUUCUCAAGAUUGGUUAAAUUUGGAUUUAACACUUGGCAGUAAUCAAUCUUUAUACCCAACUCAACAUCAACAUAUGAGUGCAAAAUACCAUCAAGUAACUAAUCCAUCAGAUCAAACAGGUAAAAAAGGUAAAGUAACAAAAAUGUAG